GCAGCAGCUGUGCUCGGCGCCGGGGCGGCUCCGGGGCGUCGGGGUCUAGUGGGCAGAGAAGACUCUCGGCCAGGCGGAUGGCUUCUCGGUGGCAGGGCAUGAGCGCCUCUGUGCGCCGGAGAUCUCUCCGGAACCGGGAGCAGCUGGAGGACAGCAAGGUGCUGCAGCCUGUGGUCGGUCAUCACGAGACCUCUACCCUGGGCUCCCUGUGCAGACAGUUCCAACGGAGGCUGCCCCUGAGAGCCGUCAACCUCAACCUCAGGGCAGGCCCCUCCUGGAAGCGCCUGGAAACCCCAGAGCAGGGGCAGCAGGGCCUCCAGGCUGCAGCUCGAUCAGCCAAGAGCGCCCUGGGUGCGGUGUCCCAGAGAAUCCAGGAGUCCUGCCAGAGUGGCACCAAGUGGCUGGUGGAAACCCAGGUGAAAGCCAGGAGGAGAAAGAGAGGGGCACAGAAGGACGGCAGCCCCCCAGCUCACAGCCUGAGCCAGAAGAGCACCCGACUGUGUGGAGCCCCCCCUGCCCACUCAGCCAUGGACCCCCGGGAGAGGGAGCAUCACCGCCUCUCUGUCCAGAUGGGCCUGCGUACCCCCCGACUACGGCGGUCAAGGAGGGAGGCUGCCUUCCGGAGCCCCUACUCCUCAGCAGAGCCCCUCUGCUCUCCCAGCGAGUCUGACAGUGACCUAGAGCCUGUGGGGGCAGGAAUUAAGCAUCUCCAGAGGCUGUCCCAAGAGCUAGAUGAAGCCAUCAUGGCUGAAGAGAGCAGCGACAUGACUGACUUUCUUAUUCAUGACUGAGGACAGUGCCCUGCAGGUAAUGCCCUCCUCCUCCUCUUCCUCCUCCUCAUGCAUGAGCACAUAUGUAUGUGUAAGCAUGUUCAAGAAAUGAGUCUUUCCUAGAAACACCCACAGAGCUGAUGGGCACAGCAGAGUAGGAAGUGUACAAGUCUUCUUACGUGUGCAGAGCCAGAGCCGCUAACCUCACUGACCCCAUCAUUAACUGAGCAUGCCAGUGGCCCCUUCCAGUCCCCCAUUUAGUGGCGAAAGCUAUGGUGUCCCCCCUCCCCCUCCCUUGCCAACAGUGAGGGGCACCCAGGGAGCUCUGUCUUGCAGGAGGCAAGCCCUGUCUGACCACCGAGCCCUCACACCCAGGAUGUCUGUGCUGCUCCGUGACUGCCCUGGAGGAAGCCCCCAGGAGUCGUCAGUACCCCUGGGCCACUGCUAACAAGGACCUGACUGACAAGGGGCCCAGAGCGCUCCUGCUCCGGCCACAUCUGGACCCAUCACUGACCGCCUGCCACAGCCUGAGAGUGACUUGGGGAGAUCUUGGAGAGAUGGGGGAAUUGUUUCUACUCCCCAGGGGACUCUCAGGCUUAGAAAUUCAUCCACACUUCAUUCAGUCUUGUGGUUGCCUCAUCUGCAAUGUGAGGCGCAGGCACCAGAAGGUGUUUGGGAGCUCUGAGCCGGGUCCCCAGGAGCAGGGUCUUUGGGGAGCCCGCCAGACUCACCCUCUGUGUCUCCAGGGCCAAGGCUCUUGGGGACCCAGCUCUCAUCUCUGCUUCCCUGAUCAGGGCCUGGAGGAAAGCCCAGGAGACCUUUCCUGGCUUAAGAUCCUGGGCUCCCCGGGGUACCUAUUCAUAUGCUCAGCACAGGGCACCGUGCGUGUGCCGGGAGGGAGGAGUAGCGCUAUUCAAGAGCAAUUUCUGCCCUUUGUAAAUUAUUUAAGACAUCUGCUUUGUCAUUUUAUUAGAAAGAAACCAGUGUGUGACUUUCCUAGAUAACAUUGCUUUUUCAUAAUAAACACUCUUUCUGCAUCUGA